CCCUACGCAGUGGCUGCCCAUCCAUUUAUUCAGAGCCUUGCCUCCUCCAUUUCCUUUCUUUCUCUCUUCCUCCGUUGAACUGAUUUUACCAAUUUGCCCCCGAAAACCUGCCUUUACCGGACGUCCAAACCUAUUAGCUUCCCCACCAGAUCCAUUUCAGUCCCCAGCCUCCAUUCUAGGGUUUUGCUAUUUCCGUUCUCCCAAUCCAUUUCCGCGAUCUGAUUCGCCCAUUGUUUUUCCAGCUAGCACCAAUUUUCACAACCGCCGGCCGAUCGUGUAAUUCCUUACUGCCGCCGCUGCCGUUGUUUGGUUCCGAUUCCGUUGACUUUCGAGGGUUUAAGAGGCUACGACCGUCGAUACGGGACCGGAUUCAGGGUUCUCGGAGCAAGUUUCUGAUUCCGGCGUAGUUUUUUUUAUAGAUAUGUUGGGAACGGGAUUGCAGGUGACGCGUGGCCGCGGAGAAGAUCGAUUUUACAAUCCGCCCAGAGCGCGUAGGGCCCACCAGAGCCAGAAAGCCGCCGAGCAACUUCGCCGAGCUCAGAGCGACGUCACGCCCAGCCAAUCGCCUUCGCUCAAGGGCGGCAACCCGAACCGGGAGCCGGAGAACCGGGCCGGGUCGGAUGUGCAGCCUCCCAAGCCGGUCGCCGUGCCCGCUGGCGAGCCGGCCGUGAAGCCGUUGAGUAAUCUCGAGCGGUUCUUGCAGUCCAUCACGCCCUCAGUUCCUGCUCAGCACCUCUCCAAGACGACGAUGAGAGAAUUGAGUACAUGUGACGAGGAGUCUCAGCCAUACUUUGUUCUUGGUGAUCUGUGGGAGUCUUUCAAGGAGUGGAGCGCUUACGGUGCCGGAGUGCCUCUGAUUUUGAAUGAUAGUGACUUUGUGGUCCAGUACUAUGUCCCUUAUUUAUCCGGUAUUCAAAUAUACGGCAACUCUAUGAAAUUGUCCUCUAAGUCAAGGCGACCAGAUGAGGAUAGUGACAGUGAUUUUCGGGAUUCUAGUAGUGAUGGUAGCUGUGAUGUUGAACCAGUUAAAAUAAAAUAUUUGAGGGAGCAGCGGAAUCAUCAAAUGUUGAGUGAAAUUCCUCAAAGGUUAGAAAGCAUAUCUCUGAGAGAUCAGCAUUAUCCACUCCAAGAGGACUGCUCCAGUGAUGAGGGUGAACCUGUAAAUUCCCAAGGUUGCGUAUUAUUUGAGUAUUUUGAACGUGAUCUUCCUUAUUGCCGUGAGCCUUUAGCUGAUAAGAUAUUAGAUCUUGCGUUUCGUUUUCCUGAGCUGAAGACAAUAAGAAGUUGUGAUCUACUGGCUUCCAGUUGGAUUUCUGUUGCAUGGUAUCCAAUUUACAGGAUUCCAACAGGACCAACUUUAAAGGAUCUUGAUGCGUGCUUUCUGUCAUACCAUUCACUUUUUACCCCCGUGGGAGGUGUACAAGAUCCCCGGGCUCCUGUAGUAACCUAUCCGAGUGACAUGGAUGGUAUCCCUAAGAUGUCCUUACCUGUUUUUGGUCUUGCUUCAUACAAGUUCAGAGGGUCCUUGUGGACUCCUAGUGGGGGAUUGGAACGACAAUUAGCGAACUCCCUCUUGCAGGCCACUGAUGACUUUCUAAGGCUGCAUCAGGUCAAUCAUCCAGAUUUUCUGUUCUUCAGCCGUUGAUGAUAUCAAGACGCAAAUGUGAUGCUGCCACCACUCUAAAAGUGAAAGCCUGUUUGCUUUUUUAACUGGUUGGAAAGCUGCCUGUUUGCUCUAUUCGGUGAAACUCCAGGUGGCAAAGUUGGUUUUCAGUGAUUCUCUGUUUUGGCUUUCUCUUACUGAAAAGAGAAAAAGAAAAAAAUGAAAAAAAAAAUGAAUGAAACUUAUAGAAAGUGAACCUUUGACAUGUGAUGCUGGCUGUGUAAAGGCUCAGCAAAAGGUGAAUAGAGGAAAUAUAGUGUUAGAUAAGCUAUAGAUGGGCUAGUUAAAUCAAAGUUGUUUGCCUAAGCAAGUUUCAUCUUGCUCGUUUUCCAUAUGUAUUAGCAAGGGUAUAUUAUGAAAAAACCAGGCUCUUUUUUAAUGUCCUGAUAAGCUUAGUGUGGGGAUUUUGAUAGAGGCAUUGUAAGUGUUAGCUUCAGGUUCCCCAAAUUUGUACGAGUCAUGACCUUUAUUGUGUUGUGAGUUUUAGUAACAGUUGACUGAUUAUUACA